CUUUACGCCGCCUGGAGUCCCGUCUCUCACCGGGAGAUUGAUCGUGAACCCGCGGACAUGUCCGCCUGAGACCCGGCCUCUUCCUCCCGGAGCAGCGGAUUCAGAAAUUACGCGCACAUCUGGAUUCUUUUCCUUUUGCCUUCGGUGCGUAACAACUUGUCCAAGUGGGUCCAGAGGAGGAGCCGAGCAGGAGAAUCGUGCACGUUGGAGGAAGGUUGUGGAAAGCUCCGGGAAAGUGUCUGAUCCAAUGCGUCCGGAGCGGCCGCUGGAAGAAGCAGAGAGAGACACGGGAGGACAGGAGGAGACUCACCGGCCGCUGGACGUUCAUGUCCCCGGCACCAAGGAUUCCACUUCCUGUGACAUCAUCACACCAUGCCUGAGGGGUCACGGCGUGGCAGCCAGCGAUCGCCCAGUACUUCAGCCGCCAAGCGUCCCUCCUCAGUCUCGUCUCUGAGUGGGAUUUUGGGUAGGAUGAUGUCAUCCGGCGAACGAGUAGCCUCGUCCUCCUCCUGCACCUCCGUCAACACCGUCUGCUCAGAUGGCGACCGCCCCGCCUCCCUCUCCUCCUCCACCUCCUCAGCCUCCCUGCAUGACGCUUCCCACUCCUCCUCCUCUUCCUCCUCUUCCUCGCUGCCAUACGGCGCUGUCCCGGCCUAUAACGCCUCCUCGUCAUCCUUGUCAUCCUCUACGCCAAAAAGGAACAGCUCGGACAUCAGCCUGGACCUCACUCCCUUGGUCACGCCACAAGGAGGAGCAGUUCCCGGAGGUGGUGUCACUGUUGCCAGGGCAACAGGAGGAGGGCACCCUGUUAAUGGGAACCCAGCUAAUGCUAAUGCAGCGGCGGUGGCAGUAGCCACGCCCAGGCGGCUGUCGCGGCUGGAGAGAGUGUUGAUGGAGAUCGUGGAGACAGAACAAGCCUAUGUCAGAGAUCUGAAGAGCAUCGUGGAGGAUUAUCUCGGCUGCAUCAUCGACUGUGGCGCUCUGCCGCUGAAGCCGGAGCAGGUCAGCACUCUGUUCUGCAACAUCGAGGACAUCUAUGAGUUCAACAGUGACCUCCUGGAGGAUCUAGAGCGGAGUCCUCACGCUGCAGACAUCGCUGAGUGCUUCGUAGAGAGGAGUGAAGCGUUCGACAUCUACACACUCUACUGCAUGAACUACCCCAACUCGGUGGCGGUGCUGAGGGAGUGCAUGAAAAACGAAAUUCUGGUUCGUUUCUUCCAGGAGAGACAGACGACUCUGAACCACUCGUUACCUCUGGAGACGUAUCUGCUCAAACCAGUGCAGAGGAUCCUCAAAUACCACCUGCUCCUACAGGAACUUUCUAAGCACUUUGAUAAGAGCGCCCCUGGAUAUGAGGUUGUGGAGGACGCCAUCAUCACCAUGACGGCGGUCGCCUGGUACAUUAACGACAUGAAGAGGAAACAGGAACACGCCGUCCGGCUGCAGGAAAUCGAGUCCUUGCUGAUGAACUGGAACGGGCCGGACCUCAGCGGGUUCGGAGAGCUGGUUCUGGAGGGUUCCUUCAAGGUCCUGAGAGUGAAGAAGGAGCGAGCGUUCUUCCUGUUCGAUAAGAUGCUGCUGAUCGCCAAGAAGAGGCUGGAACAGUUUGUCUAUAGCACACACAUAUUUUGUUGUAAUCUGCUGCUGGUGGAGACGCUGAAGGACUCGCUGUGUUUCAAAGUGUCGGACCAGACGAUUCCCAAACUGCAGCACGUCGUCCAGACGAAGAACCAGGAGGAGAAACGACUGUGGGUUCACUACCUCAAGAGACUGAUCGUAGAGAACCAUCCGGCUUCACUCCCACAGAAGGCGAGACAAGUCCUGGGAGACAACUUCUGUCAAUCUCCUCACUUUGAGCAGGACAACCUGAAGAAGUCCUGCGCCUCGCUACGCUCGGACGACGUCCACGGUUUCCACAGAGGCCGACGCCAAUCAGGUCAGGAGCCUCCAGAGCUGCUGACCUACACACCGGAGAAGUCCAGGAAGGGUCUGCCGCUGCUGCUGGACGGAAACCUGCCGUACAGACGCACCAGGAGACAGUCAGCUCCGGCUAAAGACAUUGAAGCUGUGUUUCAUCCCAACGCCUUGAAGCCGGCCGGCAGCGAGGGCGAGCUGUGCCAGGCCGACAGUCUGGGCUCGGCCGGCAGCAGCAGCACACUCGCUUCCUCUGUCAUUGAGGUGGAGGCUGAACUGUCAGAACAGCUACGACGUAAAAACAAGGAAAAGGAAGAGGAAGAAGAGGAGUUGACACCACUUAUUGCUGCUCCUACUCUGUCCAUCACUGAGGAGAUCCUGGAGUUCAUCAACCAGAGCAGAGCCAGGGAGGGACUCGCCUCCAUUCACACUGAUGCAAUGGAGCAGGUCCUGGAUGAGCUCCAAGAGAGUCCGACUCCAACUGACCAGACCAACUUCACCUGCCCGCUGCCCCCGGCCGCCUGCCCCUCCAGCCCCGAGCAGAGGACCCCAGGGCAAGAAGAGAGGGGAAGCCCAGGAAUGGAGGAUGACAGCGCCCUCCACAGUCAGACCGGUGGCUCUGGUGAUGAAAUUAGACUUGAAAAUAAGACUGAGGUCAAAGAAAUUCCAGAUGCCACAAGCGAAGUUGAAAUGGUAGUGGAGGCAGAUGAAGAGAAACAAGGAGAAGGUUUAGAAAAAGACAAAGAUGAGAAUAAAGCUUUGGAUGAGGAUGAGGGUGUCAGCCCUGCUCCAGUAUCAGAUCUUCAUUCCUCCACCUCAGCAGAAGAAAAGAGAGAGAGCGGAGGCAGUUGUAACUUACCCACUGAAGAGGCAAAGAACGAGGUCACAACCUCCUCGCAAAGUUCAGAUCUCCUCCUUCACCCCAUCCAGAGACGUCAGCCACCCACAAGACGCUCCCACCUCACCAAACGAGACAAGAAGAUCAUCGAAAAGAUCCGGAGUUACUACGAGGCAGCAGCCGAGGCCGAAGAGGAGGAGGCAGAGGAGGAAGGGGAGCAGGCAGAAGGAGUGGCAACAAGAAGGCGGAACAGUUUCUCACAAAUCCCAUCCGGCUUGGUGAAGGAGUCUGUAUCACUCUUUGAUGUGAGUGGACAUCAGGGGGAGCCAGAGAGUGGACAAUCCGUGUCUGAAACCAUCAAUGGAGAGACAGAUCCCUGUUUCAUCAAUGGUCCCACCUCUUCCCCAACUCCACUCUCAGCUGAUGCAGAGAGUGAUAGACAGGCAGAUAAACCAAUCAGCUCCCUGGAUUCUGAUGGAGACAGACCAAUGGAGACACCAACCUCUUCUAUGAUGCAGGACCAGGAGACCCCAAACCAAGUUGGCGAGAAUCUACAGCAGAACCAUCCGGUUGGAGAAGAGAGUGAGAUACAGGACAAAAAUGGAAAUGUCCGCAAUGGACUGUUGGAAGAAGAAGAUCUGUGGGAUGAGCAGGAGGGAAAGACAAGUGUUGUGGCUACUGGGAAGCAAGAUGGACAUUCACUGCAAGGAGAAGGACCAUCUAUUUCCGAACAAGACGAACCAGCCUGUCCCGAAAACCAAGCUGUGAUCAACAGUUGUGAAAAAACUGUCUCGAUAGAAUCAAAAGAAAGCUGCAAAGAGCCCUCUACACCUUCACGUACAGAACAAUGUCUAAAAACUGAGACCAAAAUUCAGUCCACCUCAUCCAAACACAGAGAACUGGCCAAGACCAGCGGAAACCUAGAGGGUCUUCCCAGUCAGAUAAAAGUGGGUGGAUGGUCCCGCCACUCCAGGAUUGUCACCGCUAACCGGGCCUUGUUUGAGGGCAUGGGAUCGGAUGUAGCCAGUUUUGGAUUAUUUGAGUCCAAUCCAGUGGUGGACUCCGUAUUGAUAGAAAACUCAGAGCGUAUUCUGAGCAAGGUCCAAACACUGGCAAGUAUGUACAGCGCCAAAGCCAGCACCAUGAAGGUCCCGUUGCAUCAGAAACGCGCCUACGGUGUACGGAACCAAUCAUGGGGCUCAGGUACCCUGACUGGACACUCUACUCAGACCCACACUAGGAGCCAGCAACAGGUUCAAUGCCAGGCUCAAAAACAAAUCCCAGCUCAGUGCAGGCAGCAACCGAAACACCAAAUGGAAAUCAAUCAAUCAGAAACCAAAACUGGAACCCAUACUCAGUCUGAGACCAAAAAUCAGAGCAAAACCACAACACAAUCUAGGGAAGAGCAGACACAUUUCCAAGACCAGACAAAGAUCUGCAGCCAGAACCAGACCAUGAACAUGGAGAACCAGAGGAUCCAGGAAGAGAGAAUGAUUAAGAGAGCUCAGAGUCUGACAAAUGAUUUCCAGGGGAUGACAACCUCUGCCUGUCACCACCAGGCAAAUGAAUUCACCCUCUCCAGGCCCAGGGACUUUAUCUUCGCCUUGACCAGAGAAAGAGACUCUCGGUUGGGCGUCAACUGUCAGACUUCCACCUCCCCUGUGGAAAAUCAAUCCACUGGACUAAGAGAUCAAUCAUCCAGUCAAGCCCAAGAGGCUUCUCCAGGAUCCAGACAUCGCCUCGGUGCACAACCUGUAGAUCAGAGCACUUCUUUAUGCUGCUCUGCCACGAACAACCCCUUGACUUCCACCAUGACCUUGGAUUGUAGCGUCACCGAGUUCAGGGGCCUCUCUGCUUCCCCAGGAAGAGGAGGAGCCCUGAAUCAAAACAGAGAGUUUCAUACAGAUGCUGAAGUGACAGACAGAGAAGAGGGGUUGGAGCAGAGUGCUGGACACCCUGGUUACUCCAUCAACGAAGACACAACAUUUGUAAACAUCAUGACAGCACACAAAUACAAUCAGGACACACCAGCGACUCAAGAUAAGGAAACACCAGAAUGCAAAGUUCCCACAGGGCAUUUAGACAACGAGGAUUCUUUAACCAAAGAUGUGCCGAGUCUUCAUACAGGGCCUGAACACUUGGUUUGCACAAAGAACAUGGAUAGAGAGGCAUCGCCAGGAGAGCUGGCACUAGGUGUAGCAUCUACUCAGAGCCAGUCUCCAGCAGAGGACCACGGCUCCAUGGUGCCUCACCAAGGAGAGCAGCCCCCCCUGCAGGAGGAACACUGCACUUCACCGGGGACCUCUGGGGGGCCAAAGAUAGAUGAGCUGCCAAGCAAUCAGAUGAAAUCAAAUGAGACAAAUCAUGCUUUAAAUUCUUCAUCACAAAGCAGGAUGAUUCUACAGGGGUCAACGUUGAUCUUUUCAGAAGAGCCCGCUUGCAACCGAGCCUCAAGAGAACUAGUUAUUCCAGCUCCUCUGCGUCAGCCUUUGCACUUAACCUUUGACCCCUCUGUGGCUUCUAGUCAUGCAUUCACAGAAACCCAAGAGGAUCGCAAAGCAGGAGCGGGAGCAGCACCGAGUCCAUGGCGCUCUCCAUCAGUGCCGUCUAUAGACCGUCUACCAACCUUCACCAGCCAGAGGCCACCAGACGUACCCACCACUAUGGGUGAACAGGCUCCGUCUAACUCCUGGAAUGUCGGUAGCAACUCUCCAUGUGAAUACAGGGAACAACACCAGCAGGACUUCACUCGUCCACCGUCCAGACCCUCCUCCGGGACAACCAGCCUGGUGGAGCGACCCAACCAAGCCAUUGCUACCCAUACCUAUGACACAGAACUCCCCACAGCCCCCUCAGCCUUCAGACCUAGCCUCAGACACUCUCCUUCUCCUGUUAGAAACUGCCCCACCUCCUCUCCGCUUCCGACUUCCUCUUCUGCUGUGCGAGCGCCUCCUUGCUCCUCAACAUUCAGGGUCGUUCCAGCACCUUCUCCAACCAGUGUGUCUGUAGAUGGCUUCACCUCCCCGAACAUGUUCUCCGGUGCCCUUUCCUGUUUAUCCCCUACUCCCUCUUCUGGCAGGGUUUCCUCCAUGAGAGUCCCACCUGCCUCAUCUCCAACACCAACUGCUUUCACCUCCUCCUCCUCUCCUUCUUCUUCUUCUUCUUCAGGGAGGUCUUCAUCAGUAAGAGCAGGCCUUCCUUCCUCCCCUACACCGUCCUCUUCCCUCCUCUCCUCCCCCAUUGCUUCCUCCUCUGCAUUUACCAGAUCAUUAGCCGCCUCCUGCAUCAGUCAGUCUAUUAGUCAGAGUAUGGCAAAAAAGAACACUGUCCGGCAACAAGCCCCACCCAUGAAAUCAGUAAAUCAAAGGCCCUCCUCCACUCCAUCCUUACCCUCUUCUCAUCUACGACAGCGUUCCCCUUCUCCUAAACUGCCUCCCAGUCAUCAAAGUUCCAGUACACCUGCUCAUGUCCAGCCAGAGUGCAACAAGGAUGGGUACCAGCAUCCAAGGUGUCCACCGUCCUCUCUCCAGUCCUCUUGUCCUUCUCUGUCCCCUCACUUGCCUCCUCAUUCUCUCUCACACCGGUCACCUUCCCCAUCUACGAGUAUGGUCCAUUAUCAAUCUACCCACUCUUCUUCUACUUCCGUCCAUCCUUCAUUCCUUCACUCACAAAUGGAUUCACCGCAGAAUGGAAACAACAACAAUAACAUCAAGUUAGCGGGUUUAACCACAGUGACCAGCAACUUAAGUAAUACCAGCAGUGGCAUUAGUGGUGCUGACAAUAAUGGGGGCUGGUCAGGAAGUCCACAGAAAGCGCCAUUAGCUAAUCAUAGCACUAAUGCCACAGUAAUGCAAGAAACGCAUGAUUCUCUCUGGUCAGGGUCACACAACCGUGUAGCUCAGCCUUUUUCUGCAUCUGAACCAAGCUCACGGGUUCAAUCCCCAUCUCCGACCCCAACCCCUGCUUUGUUUACUCGCCUCUACUCCCCACCUCCUCAACAUAACUACUCCUCCCCCAUGGCAAACAAACCUCCCCACCCCCGGAGCACAAGAGCAGGGGGUACAAGUUACCAUAAUCCACUAGGCCUAACUUUAGAGCUACCCACAUCCUCCUCAUGUCUGAGCCCCCGUAUCCUUUCCCCACCACCUAUUGGUGUGUCAGUGAAUGUGUGGACUAAUAAUGUUGCAGCACCUCAACCGAGAAACCCCAGAUUUGCUUCUGCUUCUUCUCCUUCAUCAUCCUUUUCUUCCUCAUCAAUGUUCGCUUCCUCACCAGUUCCACUACACAGUUCCAGAGCCCCCUCCCCUUCUGGCCCCUGUCCAGGUGCCUCCCGAAUGACCUCCCAAACACUCCGUAGGUCUUUCUCCUCCAACUUGGCCGACAGACCUCCAAGCCCAGGGCGGAGCAACACCAGUGGACUGCGUCGCUCCUGGACAGAGAGCGGUCGCAGGUCCUUUGGUUUCAGUGGAAGUGAACGAGGGUCCUUUGACCAGCAGGAGUCCUGUCCACCUAGUCCAAGGAGUGGAUGGUCCUCAUACAACAGCUCACCGCCAUGCCUCAGCCCCCAACCUGGGCUUCAAUCUCCUCUUUCACCCAGCAGACUUAGCCCAGGGAAGGGCACCCUUGGUGGGCAGCAUUUUACCAGCGUGCCUUGGCCGGAUGUACAAGAGCUUUCGAGCAGAUAUAAUGGGACUGAUGGCCUCGAUAUAAGUAUCAUUACCUCCUCUCCUUCUCCUCUCUCUCCACUGUCUCAUUCUGUCCUCUACUCUCCCACUCCAUCAGAUAGCCACAAAGAAUGGGGAGACCCAGAGCUGGAAGACGGUAACUGUCGAAGCCAGCUCAUCUGCGCCUACGUUUCCCGGCCCGUCCACGAACAAACCCUCUCCUCCUCAUGCUUGGCCCUGUCCUCCUCAGGCAUGACCUCCCCUCCACUGACCUCCCAUCAAUACCAAAGCCGCCCAUCCCAAGUCAAACCACAACCUCAGGUCCAAAUGGCCACUAAAGCCCCCUCUGCACCAUCAAACCACUCCCCCUUGCCCCCAAGUUCAUCACCCUUAUCUUUUGCCCACAAAACUGGGAACCUGAAGAGCAAUUACGCCACCACAGUCAACCUUCAGAUCGCUGGAAGUGGCCGAAUAACCUCGUUCAGUACUGCCCAAGUUAGCCUGACCCAAACCCUACAAGGUGGAGCUGGAGCUGGAGCCGGAGCUGGAGCUGGAGCUGGAGCUGGAGCCGGAGGAGGAGGAGGAGGUGGAGGAGGUGGAGGAGGAGGAGGGAGGAGGAGGAGGAGGAGGAGGAGGAGGAGGAGGAGGAGGAUCAGGUCAAGGGCAGAUGGUGAGGAGAGUAAGCAUCAAUGGACAUUCACACAUGCAAUCCCCUCUUCCUCAGAAUUGUAA